GACGUGCACGCGAAUAUGUUUGACUGGGAGUAUCCGAAUCUAUAGAUGCAGUGAGCUUUACAUUAAUCCUCCUAUCCAGAUGACGGCUGUCACUGCUAGACGUCUUAUACUGCUUCAAAUGGAAGGGCAAAUUUCCUUCAACUUUUAAUCAAUGGAUCAGGGAUCUUAUGUACCAUCUUACAAUGGAGAAGAUUCAGUACUCCACCAAAGAAGAGCAUCAGUUCCUAGUCCAGCUAUGAUCUGAGAGGAGAUGAUAGCAGAGCCAACUUUACUGUCCAGAUCGGUGCAAAAAGAGAAUUCAGUAGUUGAUGUUUCUUCCUGUGCAUCGGUGCAUCACACCUCAAGUGAGAGAAAUGAAAACCGCCAGAAGACUGUGAGAGGAAAGCGUAAAGCCCGGGAAUGCUCUGAGAAUGCCAAACGAAAGCAUUCAAAGAGCAGUAAUGGCAGCCUGGGCAGAGCAGAGAACGAACAGCUCAAAAAUGGAGAUGUGGAAGCCGUCACACUGUUUGAAGUGGUCAGCAUGGGCAGAAACGCCAUGCAGGCUGUGGUGGACGACUGGAUUGAUGCAUAUACUGUAGACAGAGACACAGCACUGCUUGAUCUCAUCAGCUUCUUUAUCCAGUGUUCAGGGUGCAAAGGGAUGGUUACAGCAGAGAUGUUUCAGAGCAAACAGGGAACUGACGUCAUGAGUAAAAUGGUGGAGGAUCUGGAUGAGGAUGCUGGUUUUCAAUACAAGAAGUUCCUUGCUUUUCCGUGGAUUUUAACUGUCACGUGGCCUCUUGAUAUGGACAGUGGCGAAUAUCCCCUUAUCAUGUCUGGCCUGUACUGGAAGAGAUUUCGUUCACAGUUCUGUGAGUUCGUAUCGGUGCUAGUGUCCCAGUGUCAGAGCUGUGUAAUCUUCGAUGGCUACCUCUUAAACACACUCAUUUCACUGCUGACUGAGCUCUCCGAUUCCAGAGUUCGGGCUUUCAGGCACACCUGUACACUGGCAGCAGUGAAGCUGCUCAGCGCUUUGGUGAAUGUGGCUCUAAACCUCAGUGUCAGCAUUGAUAACAGUCAGCGGUUGUAUGAGGUCGAGCUGGCCAAGAUGGCAAGCAAACGAGCUUCUCCGAGGCUGGACAGGAUUCAGAGAAAGAUCAGUGAGUUACAGGACAGAAAACUUGAAAUUGAGAACAUGAUGGAUGCCAUUUUCAAAGGAGUCUUUCUGAAGAGAUACAGAGACGUGAUUCCUGAAAUCAGAUCCAUCUGUAUGGAGGAACUGACGGUGUGGAUGAAGUUGUAUAGUUCAGUGUUUCUGAAUGACAGCUACCUGAAGUAUGUGGGAUGGAUGAUGCAUGACAAGCAACCUGAUGUUCGUCUAAAGUGUGUUCUGGGUCUACAGGGACUUUAUCAGGAACAAAGUAGCUCCAAAAUGGACCUUUUCACAGUACGGUUUAAGGAGAGGAUGAUCUCCAUGACGCUGGAUAAAGACCAUGAAGUGGCUAUCCAGGCCGUGAGAUUGCUCAUGGUCAUCUCUCAAUCCUGUGAGGAUGUUCUGAGUCCUGAUGACCACAAGAACGUCUUCCAAUUUGUCUACUGUUCCCACAGACCUCUAGCCACCACUGCUGGCCAGUUCCUCUACAAUAGGCUGCUCAGUAACCCUGAAUUAUCAACAACUAGAGACGGAGGUUCCAAUCAGGACAGACACAGAGAGCUGGUCUUAGCGAAGGUCCGAGCCCUUAUCAACUUCCACACUGAGAGCAAGCUGCACCAACAUGUGCUGUACCUGGUUGAUAGCCUGUGGGACAGUGCAGGAGCUCUGCUGAAGGACUGGACUGGUCUUACCUCACUACUCUUACCUCACACGUCCUGUCAGGAUCAAGCUCUGAGCAGUGCUGAGGAGACCUUUGUGAUUGAGCUCAUGGUGGCGUCAGUAAGGCAGGCUGCAGAGGGUCCUCCGUUAUCAGGGAGAGCAGCAGGAAAAAAGGUGAUAAGUACUAAAGAGAAAAAAUUACAAACUGAUGACUGCACCAAACUCACUGAACACUACGUUAAAGUGCUACCUGGGCUGUUAUCCAAGUACUCAGAGGAUGCUGAAAAACUGACCUCCUUUCUAAGAAUACCUCAGUAUUUCCAAAUGGACACCUGUGAUCAUGAAAACUCACAGUGUGUGCUGGCAUUGCUGGCGGAGUUGGACACUGCAGUGAACAGACACACAGAUGUGGCGCUACUGGAAACAUCUGCCCGCUCUUAUCAGAGCCUCUGUGGUCAAGAUUCACCAUUUCACUCUCUGGCCCGUCCAGCCUUUGACCAGGUUAUUCAGCGCUGGAUAAACACACUGGGGACACGAUUAGCAGAAUCACUGAGUGAUGGUUGUUUCACUUAUAAUGAAGACAACGUUUUGGAAAUUCUGUCCACACUGAAGAAACUUGCUGCAUUCAACAUUGCUCAGGACCUGUCUAAAUGGAGUUUAUAUGAGCUGGUGACCAAAGUUCUGGAGGGGGAGAUAAAACACGGCGGUCUUCCAUUAGAGGUGACUAUUGAGGCUCUGCGCUGUAUGUGUAGCUGCAUCCUAUGGAAGCUCAACACUUUUGGAGAAGGACUGACAUCCAGGGAGUCUGCCCUCCAGCAGAGAAACCAGCUCCGUGCCUUCUGUGAGAAAUGCCACCGCUGUCUGUCGCAUGCUGAGCAGCUUGUUCGAGAGCAUGCCUUCAUGUGUCUGAGUGACGUUCUCAUAGCUCAUAAUUACCAGCUUCAGAUGUGGGACUCGUCUGCAGGAACUCCACUGCUCUACACCCCUGAUCCCAAGCUCCAGAAAGCUCUUCUUUCCUUCAUCCUGGAGCACGUCUUCAUCAGCCCUGAGCCGGACUCUCACAGCAGUAAAGUCAGUGAGAGUGAGAGUGGAGAAGGACGGCUGGAGGAUUUGCACCGGCGCAGGAAUCUUCUGUCUGCGUACUGUAAGCUCAUAGUGCACAGUGUGUUAGAGAUGAGCAUGGCUGCCGAGGUUUUCAAGCAGUAUGUGAAGUACUACAAUGACUUCGGUGACAUCAUCAAAGAGACCUUGAACAGGACCCGGCAGAUGGACAAGAUGGAGAGCGCCAGGACGCUGGUGCAGUGCCUUCAGCAGCUGUAUCUGCGGCUGAAACAGGAGCAGGACAGAGGAAACACAUGCAGCUCCAGGAUCCAGACGUACAGCAGUAUCAAAGAGCUGGCCAGACGCUUCUCUCUCACCUUCGGCUGGGACCAGAUCAAAUCCCGAGAGUCUCUGGCCAUGAUCCACAGGGACGGCAUUGAAUUUGUUUUCCAAGGGUUUGUUCAGCAGUCCGAGAAACAGUCUCCGCCGUAUGUCUCGUACCUCACCAUCCUCAGUGAAUUCUCCAGCAAACUGCUCAAACCUGACAAGAAGACCAUUUAUGGUUAUCUGCAGAAGUUUGCUGGCGAGCAGGUCAUCAGUAACCGAGAGGAGAGCUGGAUGCCGCUGAUUUACUACCGGGCGUCUCUGAUGGGCACAGCUGAGGGAGAGGAUGCCGUUUCCUUCAUCAGCUCCGACACCAACAAACAGCCCUCUCUCACUAACCGCUCCAGGUCUCCCUCUAUUAGACUCGUCCAGUCUGAAGGAGAGCAACGCUUUGUUUCUCCCUCUGCAGAACUGAAGGGAAGCAAGCUUUUGAGAAGUUUUAAUGACUCAAAGGUCCAGCAAACUCCACUGAGCCGAGAACAUCUUUAUCUCCAGUCUGAUAAAGGCCUGAGGAGCAGUGAGGAGGUGGAUGUUGAUACUGUAGAAAUUGACGUCUAAUGCUGUACUUCACUUUUGUUAUCAUGAGUCUAAUAUAU